CAUAUUAAACAUUGAACAGAGUGGUUCUCACGCAUAGCGUGCAUUUUCGGAAAUAAUAAAAUUAAUUAAAUAAUUUACAAGAAAUUCUUGAAUUCUUAUUUAAAUACAAACAUUAUUUUGUGCUAUUUAAUAAAAAUAAAAUUUAUUAAAAAAUUUGAAAAAAAAAACAAAAAUUAGUUCUAGUCAAAUUAAACAGUUAAAAUGGAUAUAAUAUUACCUUCACCACCAGCAACGCCACCACUUUUCGAAAAUAAUAAAAAAGAUGUUUUACUGGAUGAAAAAUGUCUAAAGGCUAAACUUUUAUUAGAGUUUAAAAAACAAGAGUUACCUGAACAAGAGCAAGGAAGCAUUGUUACACCAAAUCCAUCUGAUACAGAAGAUGAAGUUGACGCACCACCCAGUAAAAAAAAACGUUUAGAAUUAACACAACCAGAAUCAUCACUUACACCUCCACCAGAGCUAACACAAACUAAGCAAAGUCAACGGGCCUCUGUUAUCAUGCAUGUAGAUAGUUCAGGAAUCUGCUCUACAUUGGAUGAGAAUUCUUGUACAUCUAUCAUAUCAACAAGUUCAAAUGUUGCAACAUCAACAUCAUCCGAUGAUGAGAGUACUAGUGCUACAAAUGUUUGGAGAACUUUAAAAUUUAAAAUGAAUCGCAAUCGCAGUCAGAAUACCUCGAAUAAACAAGAUAACCCAAAAGAUGUCACAAAAGAUGUAAACAUUUGGCAAACUGAUAUAGCUUCAAAUGGGUCGCAAACAGAAAAAUUGCCUAAUCAUCCACCGGCAGCAUUUUCCUUCAAUUUACCAACAACAACUACAGCACAGACUCAAUAUCAAAUUUUAGCACCAAAAAAUUUUUAUAUCACAACGCCACAAGACUUCUCAUUUCCCACACGUUUACUGCUCAUCGAUACUUCAAACAGCAUCUUGAAAAAUUUGGCAACCUCACCGGCUAGCGAAAAACCUAUUGUGUCUGGAACACCUAUACAAAAGAUGACUGCAACGCAAAUAGCUGCAGAACGUAGGCGUGUUUAUGAAUGCCUUCAUCCUAAUUGUGGAAAAAAUUAUUUUAAAUCUAGCCAUCUGAAAGCCCAUCAACGUGUACACACGGGUGAAAAGCCAUUCGUGUGUAAAUGGGAAAACUGUGAAAAACGUUUUUCCCGCUCCGAUGAGUUGUCCCGCCAUAAACGUACACACACAGGUGAGAAGAAAUUCGUUUGUGCGGUUUGUCAAAAAAAAUUUAUGCGCAGCGAUCAUCUAUCCAAGCACGUCAAACGCCACGAUAAGGAAAAAGGCAACGGUGUGAAUAGGAAUACAUCGUUAAGACUACCACAAUUUGCACCAGCUUUAGUAAAUAAUAAUAGCAACUACUUUAAUAUCAACUCGUCUGUAUUAUCUGAAUCGACAGGUGUAUCUUUACAAGCAACAUCACCCUUAAUAACCAACGUCGUUCAGUUGAGACCUAUUGCGCCAGCAUCGGCGGUAACGAGAAACGUUGACCAGCUCACCAAGAUCAACGUGGUACGUCCCACAUCGACGUCCAGCAGUUCAUCGAUGCAAUUACAAGUCUGCACUACCAACAAUCAACUGCAGUUGCAAUGUUUAGCUAAUAGUUCGGAUAAUUUUUUAAAUUUGGUUGCCGCGUAAACAAUUAAAAACUUAAGCUAAUUAUUUUUAAUAUAUAUUGUAUUUAUGUACAUACAUUUAUAUAUAGUAUUUUCACUAUACAUAUUUAUUUUUGUUUUAUAAAAGCUUUGGCCGUAAAUUUUCAAAUAUCUUAUAUAGUAAAUACAAUAGAAAUAUUCAGAUAUUCAGAUAUUCAGAUAUUUCAUACAAUAGAGCUUUAUUGUAACCAAGCAUUCAUUGUCAUUCCAAUAUUCAAGGCAAAAAGUAAUAUUUUUGUGAGAAAUUUAUAUUUAUAUAUCGAAACCGUGUGGGUAGAGUAGUGCUAUAUACAUAUAUUUAUUUUUAAAUUACAAAUCUUUGUAAAUUGUAAGAUGAAAAGUUUUCAAUAGAAAUUAAAAUUUUUGUUUGUUCUUCAGAAACUCUUGCCAGUAGAACACACUUUUUCGGUUAUUGCUUAUAUUAGAAAUUUCUAAAGCAUGUCUAUAAAACAUAAAAACUGUGAUAUUUAUGUUAGUAGAUUAAAUAUAUUUUAUUAGAUUACUCUUAUUAAUUAUAUUAUAAAAUAUGCUUAACAACAAACAAAUGUUUAUAGAUUUAAGAUCAUAUUUAAAAUAAAAUAUAUAUGUAAUUACAGGAAAGUCUUUGUUUCUUACCGAACACAUUUACUACUCUUGUAUUGUAUAUAUUAUUAUGUGAAAGAACUAAAUAUAUAAAUUUAAUA